AUGGCGGAUGCCCCGGACGCUACCUCCAACACCACGGCGCCGACCCAAGUCGCGGAAGGGCCUGCAGCGGAGCAAAACGGAACCACUGAUAUUGCUAACGGAACAAAAACCGAGGAAAUUGCCGGGACUGAGAAAAGUCUCGAUCUGGCUGAAAACCAGGACGAGGACAGCCGUAACGAAUACAGCAGUGACGACGGAGAUGACGAUAGAGAUCAGUCAGACCGUUCCGGCUCUGAUCGUGAGCAGUCUGACCACGAACUCCCACUAGAUGCUGAAGAGGAAACGCGCAAGAUGGAGAAGCGCGCGCGCCAGUACCUCGCGAAACAGACCAAGCCGGUUGUGAUUCCGUCGUAUGCGGCGUGGUUUGCGCUCGACACGGUACAUGAGAUUGAAAAGCGGAGCUUGCCUGAAUUUUUCGCGUCUGAGUCGCACUACAAAAACCCUGUAGCGUACAAGGAGUACCGCGACUUUAUGAUCAACGCGUACCGCCUCAAUCCGUUGGAGUACCUCACAGUGACGGCCUCUAGACGCAACUUGGCCGGUGAUGUCGCGUCAAUCGUUAGAGUGCACGCAUUCUUAGAGCAAUGGGGCUUGAUCAACUACCAGAUUGACCCGAAAACCAGGCCGAGCUUGGUAGGCCCGCAGUACACGGGCCAUUUCCAGAUUACGUUGGACACACCCCAGGGCCUUGCGCCACUCCUCCCCGAGGUCAAGGCCGAGGCCUCGACCGAAUUCCAGGCGAGCGGUUUUGAGGCGGCGACGGAAGCCAAGACAAGCAGCCCUGAGGCGGACAUCCCGCUCAACCUCGAGCUCCGCCGCAACAUCUACGACACCACCGCAGACGCGAUCGCGUUACGGGAGGAGGACCACCUGCGCGUCUUGGGAAACAAGUCGUAUGUGUGCUACAUCUGUGGCAAUGACGCCACCGAGGUGCGCUACCACAAUCUCAGAUCGAAGAAUGUGGUGUGUCUGAGAUGCUUCGCCGAGGGCAGCUUCCCGGCAAACUUUACCGCGGCUGACUUUGUGCAGUUGAACGUGACGCAGGUACAGGGGAGCAAUGCCAGCUGGACCGAGCAAGAGGUGUUACUCUUGCUAGAGGGGGUGGAGAUGUUUGAGAACGACUGGAGCAAGAUUGCCGGCCAUAUUGGGACCAGAUCCAGAGAACAGACCGUUACCAAGUUUAUCCAGUUGCCGAUCGAGGACCGCUACUUACACAAGAACCUCUCACGUAGCCAUUUCCUGAAGCUCCUGCCCCAGGCGGCGCCCGUGGACACCAGCCAGGCAGUCGUUCAGACUCUUGCGUUCUUGGCCAAGAGUAUCGACAGCGAUGUUGCCGCGCGUGCGGUCAGUGCUGCCCGGACAAAGGUCGACAUCACCACUGAUGAGGAUAUCACCAGAGCGGCGAAGUUUGCCUUGGGCAAGCUUGUGGGCGAAGCCGUCAACAGCUCUGCUGAUGAGGUCAAGACCCAGACCAGUGUAGUGGCGCAGAUCGUGGAGUUGCAGACCAAGAAGUUGGAGAUGAAGAUACAGAAAUUGUCGCUUUUGGAGGACCAUCUUUUGCGCGAAAAAAAUGCCUUGGAGCAACAGAAGAAGCUGGUGGUUGUCGACCGGCUUUUGUUGAGAAAGCAGGCGUUGUCUGUCAAGCAAAAGUUGGUAGCCGCGACCGAGGGGUACGUGCACGGCGAGGCAAACGAGGAGAGCCUCCGGUUGGUGGAAGAGGCAGUCAGUGAGGCUACCGCGCCUGUGCGAGCAGUGCAAUUGCCGAAGGGAAAGAUCCAGGCAUCGGUUAAGAAGAACGCGGACAAGACGGAGGUGUUGGAGGCGGACUUGGAACCGAUCUCGAUUCAGCAGCCAAACUUGUACGAGUUCUGGUCGGGUUAG